AUGACAGGAGAUGAAGAAGUUAAUGUUAGUGGGACUAUGGACAUUCCCACUACGAGUCCAAAUAGUUUUUUCCAAUUACCUCAGCAGUUGUACAUGACAACUCCAGCAGCCAGAGAAUGGAUUGGACAAAAAAGAGAAAAUGUUAGGCCUUGGACAACAUUUAUAAAUACAAAUAAUUUUAAAACUCCUUCUAGUUUACCUCGUCUUAGUAAAAGAAUAAUGAGAAAUAUUGAAUAUUUUCAAUCAAAUUACCUUUUCGUUUUUGUCGGUUUAAUUAUAUAUUGCUUGUUAACUUCACCCUUAUUGCUUCUAGCAGUAGCUGUUAGUUUAGGAGUAGGAUAUAAAUUAUCUAAAAGACAAAAUGAAAAAAAAACAAUUAUUUUAGGUCAUGAAUUAACUCUUGCACAACAAUAUGGUGUUGUCGCCAUUUGUUCAAUACCUUUAUUCAUUUGGGCUGGAGCAGGUGCUGCAGUUUUUUGGGUAAUAGGGGCGUCGUUUUUCAUCAUAACUCUACACGCUGCAUUUUUCAAUAUAGAGGCUGUUGUUAAAUCUGAAGAUUCGUUCGGACUUUUGGAGGAAGUAUAA